AUGAAGCCAUCUCCACUUCUGUCCCUACUUCUAUACUUCAUCUGCCUACCUUCAGUGUCAGCAUGGAUAUUCACAUGGCACGAGCCAAACGGCAAAUUGCAGGCGUUCCACGAUGAUAACGAAAUGAACUGCGAGAAGAUGGAUAACCCAGUAGGAAAUGUGUUUGAUUGGAGCCCCCAAGCAGGACACUGGUGCAUAUUCCUUUACGAGAAUGAUCAAUGCGAAGAGCCAUCUGCAGGCAAUACAUGCAAGACAUACGCCUGGACAAAUCACCCCUCGACCAAGCACCUUCUGUCAUUCAAGGUGAUGAAUAAUACGGCUGGGUUUGAUCCCUCGACGGCAAUCCCAUCAGCGACAACGACGACGACGACCGAUGCAACGCCCUCUCCGACAUCAAAGGUAGUCACAACUACUACAGACACCAAAGACGCUGCUAGCUCUUCGCCCAGUGCAUCGAGUAUCGACAGUGAACCCACUGUGUCGGGCGGUGCAAUUGCGGGGAUAGUGGUGGGAGUCGUAGCCGCAGUGGCUAUUGCUGGAAUUCUUGUUUUCUUCUUGAUUCGUCGACGACGCAAGAAUGCCGUUCAGCCAGGUGCCACGACGGGAAAUGCAGCAUUCGGGAUGGCGGAACUUUCUUCUAAUGGUGAAAAGUCGGCUUCAAAUGGACAUGGGUAUCAGGCGGAACUUGCUUCUCCCAAUGAAGAAAAGUCGUCUGCUUUGAAUAGACCUCGGCAUCAUGCGCAAGGAUACCGCGAACUACAUGGAUCCGCGGUGGCAUCUGAGAUAGGGGGGGUAGAGCGACAUGAAAUCGGUGGGACUCAAAUCGACAGAGACAGGAAAUAUUGA